AUGGCCUACCCUCGCUCGACCUACACCACCGCGCGGGCACUCACCUACUCUUAUAUCCAUAUCCCGCCAAAGUUGCCCAACACGCAAUACAUUCUCUUCCUGCACGGCUUCCCCUCCACCGCGCACGACUGGCGUCACCAGAUCUCCUUCUUCGCGACCAAAGGUUAUGGAAUCCUAGCCCCGGACUUGCUCGGGUUCGGGGAGACGUCGAGGCCGAACGAGUUGGAGAUGUACAGCGGGAAAGGUAUGGCGGGGGACAUCGUUGAGAUUAUGGUCUCCGAGGGCGUUGGGGUGGUGGUGGGCGUGGCGCACGAUUGGGGAUCUUUCCUUCUAUCGCGCCUGGCGAACUAUCAUCCAGAGCGCUUUUCGGCCUAUGUCUUCAUCGACCACGGGUACGGCGCCCCAGGCAAUGGCCUCACCACCGCGACGGUACAACAGAUCAACAGCUCGACGCAAACCAGCCUCGGGUUCUCGAUCUUCGGGUACUUCCUAUUCUUCGACGAAGAGGACGCUCCGAACCUGCUGGAUGACCAUUCCGAAUCCGUGGAAUCGCUCUUCUUCACCGCCGACGACGAGAUCAACAAGAAAUACAAGGGCGCCCCAGGCGGGUUCCGCACCUGGUUGGCCGAGGGCAGGACCGCUGACGUGCCGGCGUAUCGGACAUCCGAAGACCGUCAACGGUAUCAGCACGCCUUCUCCGUGCAGAAAGGUGGCUAUGGCCCGGCGACCAACUGGUACAGGGCCAGUCUGCGCGGCAUCAACGAAGACGAUGAAAAGGAAAUUCCCACGCCCGCCCACACCUUGACGCACCCGACCCUGCUGAUCGCCUCGACGGGAUACUUCAUCACCGUCACGGUCGAUUUCCCGGCGAUAAUGCGGCCCCUCGUCCCGGAUCUCAGAGUCGAGACGGUGCACGGUGGGCACUGGCUGCAGCUGGAGAGGGCGGACGAGGUCAACGGGAUCUUGGAGGCGUUUGUGCAGGAGAAACGACCAGUUUAG